CAAUCCAUGUAUGUAUGUAUGUAUAUAUAUAAGCCCACAUGACUCCACACCAUCAAGGCCAUAAUUGAGAGAGAGAGAGAGAGAGAGAGAGAGAGAUUAGAGAGAAUGGGAAGAGCGCCAUGUUGUGACAAGGCGAACGUGAAGAAAGGGCCAUGGUCUCCAGAGGAAGACUCAAAGCUCAAGGCCUAUAUCGAGAAGCACGGCACCGGUGGCAAUUGGAUUGCUUUGCCCCAAAAGAUUGGGUUAAAGAGAUGCGGGAAGAGCUGCAGGCUCAGAUGGCUCAAUUAUCUGAGACCAAAUAUCAAACAUGGAGGCUUCUCUGAGGAAGAAGAUAACAUCAUUUGUAACCUCUAUGUCACUAUUGGCAGCCGGUGGUCUAUAAUUGCGGCUCAGUUGCCGGGAAGAACGGACAACGAUAUCAAGAACUACUGGAACACGAGGCUGAAGAAGAAGCUUCUCAACAAACAGCGCAAAGAAUUGCAAGAAUCCCCGAUGAUGAUGAUGAUGAAGAGACAGAACCAAACCGACCAGAAGAAUCUCAGCAUGUUCGGACAAACCUUGACGAAACAAGAACAAACCCUAUAUUGGCCACAGCUUCCUCAUCAAGUGCCUGCCGUGGAAUUACCAACGGCUUACAGCAGCAGCUACUACGACCAAACACCGUCGUCAUCGUCCGAUCAAGAACAAAAGCAGAUCCUCGAUAGCAUGAUUAAGAUCGAAGAGACAGUAGAAACCAACCCUCAAGAAAACCCUAAUGGUUUCUCCUUCAACCAGGAUUAUUACAGCAACUACUAUGGAGGGAGUUUCUCGAUGAUGAGCAGCAGCACGAGCUCGCCGUUGACGAGAAACAAUGGCGAUCAUCAGGAAUUCUUUCAGUGGUUUGGGAAUUUCCAGGCCGAUCAAGAGAUGAUGAAUGACGGCUUGUUCUCGAGCAACGUUCAGAAUCUUGAAGGGCUCGACAGUAACACAUUCUACGGGAGCUCCUCAGCCGUGGGAACAGCAAGUAAUUCGGCUGAUCAAAGUACGAUCAGCUGGGAAGGUAUAACUUCUCUCCUUUGUCAUCAUCAGAACGAUCAAAGCAAAUAUGCAAGCUACUUCAGCAUCAAUGGGAUAAUACAGAGGUAGAGUAUAUAUUUGUUUCGUAUAUUUUGGUUCUACAUUAUUCGAGGACGGUUUAUUUUCAUAUUUUGUAUAAAGUUGUGUGUAUCUCUAGGAGGUUUGGUCGAGUAUAUUGAUUGAAUAUUCAUGCAGAGAUUUUGCUUCAUGCAUGCUACAUGAAAAGAUUCUCUC